UUAGAAUCAUUUCGAGAGUCCCCCUUUUCAAAGGAUAUUUCGAAAAUACCCAAAGUAGGGUUUUAGCGUUAGACCUCAGCAGCCAGCCAAGAAGCAAGAGUCGGUUAUCUCUUGUUCAUUUCAUUUUCCGAAACCAAGAAGAACAACCUUCAGAAUCUAUCAUUUCUUCUCAUAAUCAAUGGCUUCAAUUGGUGCUCGGUCUGCUUUCCGGUCAUUCUCCGGUUCGGCACGCCGUGCUGCUGCUCACAUCGGUUCUCAACCCAAGCCCUCAUCAACCUCCCCCUUUCGCAUGGCAACUAACAAACCCUUCUCUCAUUGUACUUUCAGGUGUGCGCCUGUGAUGAGCUUCUGUUUGGAGUCAAUGAUGCCAUUUCACUCUGUGUCGUCCUCAGCUUUGAUGACUUCAAUGCUCUCUAUCUCGCGCCACAGCUGCGGUUGGCUCCCCGAAGGCAAAGACAAGACUAGAUGAGGAUCGAGAAGCAGGAAGGAAUGACUUGAUUUGUUUUAUGAGUUUCCCUUUUAAGUUCUAGCGAUGCCACCCCCCUUGGCCCACCCCCAAGACAAAGAAAAGAAAUCAAAAAAAAAAAAAAAGAAAAAAAACAUCUAGAGAUGAUUCCAUCAAUAGGUUAAAUGAGAUGAUUGUAUUUGGAAUGAAAUAAUAAACUAUGAUACUCUAUUUCAUUCGCUUCGUUUGUAGAUGAUUGUUUUGAACAUGUUGAAAGAUUAUAUAUUCAAUUUAAUUCUGCAACUAUAUUAGAAACAGCCUACUGGAUCGUUGUAGAACAAAUUUGGCUUCUACAUAGUUUAAAUAUUGUUUUGCAAAGUUUACUUUGUUAAUCAAGUAUUUGGGUCUGUUGAUUUGUUAGCUUUUCAUUUACACUACUUCAUAAAGAUGGAAGUUGCAAAUUCAUAUAUUACUGUCCUUAAGUAGCAUGGGAAGAAGUUUGAAGUGGUUAGUAGAAAGUUGAAGUCUUCUUUAUGAAUGAUACACUGAAACAUCCUUUACUUCCACCUAGGAUGAAUGUUUGUCGUUUCCAUGACCCAAAAUUAGGUCCUAAAUUUCCAUCUUUUAAGUUUAAACUUGGAAAAUGUUAAUCUACACAUCUCUUUGAUGAGCAUGCUCAUCACUUCCCAAAUUGUUUCUUGUUUCGAGUAAAAUAUCAAACUGACACACUGGUCACUUGUGUUUAUCAGCAUGCAUUGACGAUCUAUGAUAAAUGACAAGAGGAUCUAUACGGACAGUGACUUCUAUUAAGUAGAAGCUUCCAUGCUCCAAAUGGUGGUUUGUGAAGAAGACCUUCCGAUCAAUGGCAAUGGAUUAUUGUUAUUUGAAGACUGAUUUAGUUUUAAUUUUUAGUGUUGAUUCUCUAUUUCAUACUCGUUGAUUGUUAACAGUUGUAUCUGAUCAUGUUAAUUUUUUCAUUGAAUAUUCAUCGAGCAAUUGACAACUUCAUCUCCUUAGAAAAAUUGGGUUUGUAUUUUGUAGCAACUUCGACAUAAGUGACUGAAAUAUGUUCUAGUGAUGCGUGGUCAAAUAUGAGUGUCUUGAAUCUUGGUUAAAAAUAUCAAAGUGAAGAUUUUGAAUCCGAAA